GUCAUGAUCCGCAAAAUGGCUGCGGAUAGUAAUAUUUGUCGGUCGAUCAAGUCAGUCUUGGAGAAAAUAAGCAUUGCAAGUAGUAAAAGACAAGAGGUAAAUGAAGAAAAGGGACACCAUGGUUCAUCAGAAGGUUUCACCGCGUUUAGUAGCAGUUAGCAAAACCAAACCAGUGGAUGCCAUCGUUACAGCAUAUGAGUGUGGACAGCUUCACUUUGGGGAAAACUAUGUACAGGAGUUGCAAGAAAAAGGUCACAAUUCAAAGAUUCUUGAACAAUGCAGAGAUAUACGAUGGCAUUUCAUCGGUCAUCUUCAGAAAAAUAAAGUCAACAAGGUUUUAGGUGUGCCCAACCUGUACAUGUUGGAGACGGUGGACUCGAUGAAGCUGGCCCAGGCUGUUAACAACUCGUGGGAGAGGCUGACGAAGUCAAGUCAACUGAAGGUCAUGGCUCAAGUGAACACCAGUGGUGAACAGAAUAAGCAUGGUUGUUCCCCUGAGUCUGUGUGUGAGUUAGUCCAGUUUAUACGAGAGAAGUGUUCCUCUCUAGACCUGGUGGGGCUCAUGACUAUUGGCGCCUACGACUACGAUCUCAGUAAAGGGCCCAACCCAGACUUCCAGUGCCUGGUUCGGUGUAGGGAGGAGGUGUGUGAGAAGCUGGGACUACAGCAGGAAGACCUGGAGCUCAGUAUGGGGAUGUCGGGAGACUAUGAACAUGCUAUAGAGAAUGGUAGCACCAAUGUGCGUGUAGGGAGUACUAUAUUUGGAGCGAGGUCCUACCCCAACAAGGGAGAGAAGACUGACGGAGCCGCCGUGUCUGAUGUUGCCAACGGUUUCCCCGAUUCAUAGCACCAACUGGAGUGUGGAAGAGACUGAUGUCAGUGUAUUAUAUCAAUUCAGGGACUGGGACUUGCAUGGACCUACUAACCAGAAAAGUCUUUGCGAAAGCACAAUGCAAUUUUUGAAAUUAGGGCCCCUUGUCAUUUUCUAUAUGUUGAAAGUGAAAGGCUUGGAUUCAAAUCUGAUAGAAGGCCUCAAGGGCUGCAGGAACUAUUAGUUUCAAACACUGUACAUAUUUAUAAGUUGUGAGAUCAGGUUUCCAUGUUAAGUAACUUCUAAUAUCUGUGAAUCUUGCAAUUUCAUUGGUUAAUCUGUAUCACAUGAUCAAAGAAUACAUAUCAGUGUAGACUACUCAGAUCACAUGAUUGACACUGCCCUCAAAUACGAGUUGGAUCAUGCUGUGAUCAGUAUGGAUCUGUCACAUACUGGAUAUUGACUCUUUUCUGCUGGAAAACCUGAUGAAUUGUUUUCAGAAAUGUGUCGUGUCUUGCAGGUAUCUGUAAUGAAACAGAGGACAGUUUGAAGGCUUUGUAAACAUUAAAGUGAAUUUCAGCAUGACAAAACAAAUAGUUACUCCUGAUGAGGUAAAAAUGAGAAAAUAAGAACCAGUGACGUUAUGCAUUGAGAUAACAAGUCGCUAAAUAGGGCACUGAUACCCGGUUCCUGCAGAGAUAUCAGCAAUUGACAUGGAAAUCACUCACUCACCGAUUUUUAUAGACUAAACUUACGAAAGGUACUACAAUUUACUUCACUGAGAAAGUUAAAUCCAAAAUUUAACAUGUUACAUUUGACCACUUUCUAAAUGCCACCGUGUAUUACAGACACAAGCAGUUUGUACAUGAAGGGCUCCAUUUAGAGAAUGAGAGAAUAUUGAUGUUCAGAACUUUGGGGAUAAUGAGUCUACAUAACAUCAAGAGGUUACUCACCAAUACUAGGCAUGGGUUCAAAUGCAAAUCUGAUGUUUGAACAUAGAUGCUUGAGCUAAUUUCUUGAAACAAUACACUGUAUUUAUCAAUGAACUGUAUGGUACAUUCCCUCCAAAAUAGUGUUUGCAGGUCUACAAAUUGAUCAUCUCAGGGUAAUAUGAGGCUGUCUGCUGUUGGGAGUCCAGUGAGCAACUCAAACCUGUAUUGAGAAUCUCAAAACAAUAUAUUUUAAAUCAGAUGAUGAAACUGUGAUGUACUAGUAUAUAGUAAAAGUCACAUAUACCAUGCAAAGGGUCUGUGAUGUAGCCAAGUGGUUAAAGCAUUCGCUCAUAAGACCUGGGUUCAAUUCCCUGCAUGGGUACAAUGUGUGAAGUCCAUAUCUGCUGUCCCCUGCCGUGAUAUUGCUGGAAUAUUCCUAAAAGCAGAGUAAAGCCAUACUCACUCAUUAUAACAUGUAAAUACAACACUCUCACCAAAGAGUAAAUCAUUUGAUAUAUUUAACAUAUUACAUAUUGUUUAUGGCCAAAGAGAUUGAAAGCAGUGCUGCACUGUAAACCUGUUGUGUGAUGUCACAGAACUGUAUGGUGGAAGGAGGUGAACUGAAAGUUAGGAAGGUGCUUGCUGUUAUCCAUUUCUGGCAAACAAGGAUAAGUUGGACCGGCAGAGAACACAUUUACGAGAAGUAGGUGGUGCACGGCAAUGAGCAAACCCAUUUGGUUUGUGAAAG